AUAAGUCUGUACUUAAACCUUAGAACAUGUCUUCACCGUAAUAUUCAAGUCUCUACAUUGUGAGGGCUUCAAUUUAGUUCUGUCCCCUAACGUCCCUCUAUGCAACUGUGUGUCCAAAUGUAGGUCCCCACAACAUGAGUAAUACUUGGAACACACACACACACACCCUCACACAAACACAAACAAACGCACACAAAUACACUCACACACACAUGCUCACACACAUACACUCACACAAACACACACUCACUCACAUACCCACUUUGAACCACUGCCUCUCGUGACGUCGGCCAGCCAUGACGUCAGAGGAGCAGAAGUGCGUGCGUGCGGAGCUGCACGCAGUCGCUGCAAAAUGAACUUCAACUCCCAUGAAGCAGUGCGACGUAAACAAACUACACGACCCAGAACUGCGUGCGUCACGCGUGCGCAACGCAGCCAAAAGUGCUGGGGGCGUGCGCGCUGCGAGUCCCGAGACCCUUUAAAUGGUGUGUACGUGCAAAGAUGGCAGCUGAAGUGGAGCUGGUGCGAGAGAAAGUGGGAGACGAGCAGGUGAGGGACAGUCUGCAGAGGUUCAUCAAGGAGAGGAAGAGGAGGAAGAGGAAGAGGGAGCUGUCAGCGGCCGGGCUGGAGAGGAGCGAGGAAGAGGCGAAGAGAGUGAAGCUCCACCAUCAUCACCACCAUCAUCAUCAUCAUCACCACCACCACCAGCUGCAACAAGCUGAGCACCGGAGCCUGCAGCCGCAUCAGCUGGAGAAGCAUGUCCUGCACCACCAGCACCACCAGCAGCACCAGCAGCAGAGCCUCACUGCCGGGGCGAAGAGGAGCCUGCAGCCGGCUCUGCCUCCUCCUGCUCCCUGCCCUCCCCCUCCUCCUCCUCCGGUGCAGCUGCAGAAGAAGCGAGCCCCGGAGCCUCCUGCGCUCUUCACCUUCACGCCUCUCAAAGUGGGGAAGGCCAGAGAGGAUCCGAGGGAGAAGCCCCGGGACGCGGAGCUCCGGCUGCAGCUGAAGAAGGAGAACACCGAGGCCAACGUGAAGCUCGAGCUGAAGAGGAAGAAGGAGCCGAGGCCUCACAACGAGAACCUCGAGUCCCUGACGCUGGAGGAGUUUCUCCUGAAGAAGAGGAAGAAGAAGAAGAAGCAUGAGGAAGAGCACCGAGCCAAGAAGGUCCGGCACACGCACAACAAAGCAGUUCAGACCGUGGGAGCCGAUCUCAGCCUGACGAUCCGCCCUGAGACAUCUCGGCCCGGCGCGGUGAAGAGCCAUCGCCAGCCGAGCAGAGACACUAUCGCCAACCACCAGUCCUACCUCCAUGCUCUCAAACUGGGUCACGUCCCCUUCCUGUCCCACCAGGACCACCACAUCCGCAGCUCCUCCCUUCAGACGGGCACCUGGUACGGACGCCUCAUGCACGAGGAACGCCAAGCCAACGGCGGGGGAUCCGUGCUGCACGCCUAUUCCGACGAGCUGGCCUGUCUCAGUCCGGCUGAGAUGGAGAGCUUCGCCCAGGAGUUCCUGGAGUUGGCCUUCGCCGAGAAGCCCAGAGGAGCGGCCUGCUACGCCCUGGCGGUGGUGCACAGGGCGGCCGCCUACCUGCCGGACUUCCUGGACUACUUCGCCUUCAACUUCCCCAACACGCACGUCAAGAUGGAGAUACUGGGCAAGAAAGACAUCGAGACCACGACCAUCGCCAACUUUCACUCUCAGGUGAACCGGACUUACUGCUCAGGAACCUAUCGGGCUGGACCCAUGAGGCAGAUCAGUUUGGUCGGAGCUGUGGACGAGGAAGUUGGAGACUUUUUCCCGGAGUUCCUCGACAUGCUGGAGGAAUCCCCUUUUCUCAAGAUGACCCUGCCCUGGGGAAGCCUCUCCAGCCUGAAGCUGGACUGCCGCUCUCAGAGUGACGAUGGGCCGAUCAUGUGGGUGCGACCGGGGGAACAAAUGGUUCCCACCGCCGACAUGCCCAAGUCUCCUUUCAAACGACGCAGGUCUAUGAAUGAGAUCAAGAAUCUGCACUACCUGCCGAGGGCCAGUGAACCCAGAGAGGCUCUGUUCGAGGACCGGACCAAGGCGCACGCCGACCACGUGGGUCAGAGCUUCGACUGGCAGAGCACGGCAGCGGUGGGCGUGCUGAAGGCCGUGCACUUUGGAGAAUGGAACAACCGACCUCGGAUCACCAAAGACGUGGUGUGUUUCCAGGCGGGAGACUUCAAUGAGGUCGUCCAGAGGCUGCAGCUCGAUCUGUACGAGCCCCCAGUGUCGCAGUGUGUCCAGUGGGUGGACGACGCCAAGCUCAACCAGUUGAGGAGGGAAGGCAUCCGCUACGUCCGCGUCCAGCUCUGUGACGACGACGUUUACUUCAUCCCACGGAACGUCAUCCACCAGUUCAAGACGGUGUCCGCGGUGUGCAGCCUGGCCUGGCACAUCCGGCUCAAACAGUACCACCCGGAGGACAAGGAGCAGCAGCAGUGCAGCGACAUCAGCCCCACCACGGGCCGGGUGUCUUUUUCCUCCCCCGCCAGGCCGGGCGCCACCCUCACCCCCUGCGCCAGACGGCAGAGUGAGCACACCCGAGGCGGAGUGGCCAAGGCCGAGGAGCCGGAGUUCCAGAGGCCGGCGACACCCCCCCGGGAGCCUCAGGCGGCAGCGCCACAACCCACCAAGUCCGCUCGCUCGCCCCCGACUUACCAGGACCUCCGCUUCUCCCUGGCACCAGUCCACCCAGGCUGCACGCCGUCAAAAGUGCCGACACUUCCAAAAGCGUUCGGCCACAGCACGAGGUUCCACGAGUGAUCCUUCUCCUCCGAUGAAAACCCUCUCUCCACUGUGGGACGAGCAAAUGUUAAAGAAGUUUAAGACUAAAACUGAAAACUAGACUUCAGUCAGGAAGCAUUUUGAUUUGAUUUAGUCUUCACAUAUUUUUAAAAGAUCUUUAAAUUUGGGUUAAAAUGUCCCCGAUGGGUUUUGCCAUUUUUAAUCAAAUACAACAACUUUGAAAAUGAAGGCGGAAGUUGGACUCACUUUACCCAAAAGAAACUUUACCUUUGCAACGUGAAUCAAAUCCCGACACAUGUUGCAAUGAGUGGAUUUCAUUUUAUUUUGAAAUACUUCUCUUGGAAAUGGAGGAAGAGACGUUUUCUUCAAACUUUAUUUUGAAACAAAGCGACACACAAUGAUCUAAUCAUGCUUCAAGCACUUUUCUUUUCCGUCCGCUUUUUAAGUUGCACAUACUGCUCGUGAUUCUUUAUUUAAAUUUUAUAUUGUUCCCUUUUUCUUACUCUUGAAACUGUUUUUUGAUAUUUAAUUUAUUUUGUUAAGAUUAAAUAUUAAGAUAGGAACACAGGUUAGUAACUGGUGAUGAAGAUUUACCAUACUGCUCUAAUAACAGGAGCUCCAGUGAACCUAUGAUGAAUAAUCAUGUGGAUGCCUUUGGACUUUAGUUUGUAAAUAUAACUUUAUCUAGUUAAUCGCUGAGAAUAUGUGAAUCCAGACCGUGCACUGGUUCUUCAUUUGAUUCAAAUCUAUUUACUGGUCGUUGGUUUGAACUGGUGACGUCACUGGAGGUCGAUGAAGGCUCAGCUGUAGAAGGAAGAACUGUCAUGUUUUUCUUGUAGGAACUUUUUUACAGAAGGCAUCCUACAAAUCCAAAAAAUACUUUUCACCUCCGUCAGUUAUUUUGCUUAUACAUUUAUUUGUCUGCUGGAUUUUGCUUCAACUGCAGUAUUUCAAGAAAAAAAGAAACUAUACAUUUUUUCAAAUCACUUUUCUUUAACAUUGUGAGGUACAACUUAAAUCUUUCAAAUUUGUUUACAUUUUCACCGUGUUCCCAGGAAACUAAUAUCAUGAAUCUUGGUGAUAAAAACUGCCAAAAUACAUUUGCCUUGAUUGAAUUGAAGGGAGUGAUAUAAGUCAGGUAAACUCUCCAUGCAGAGCCGCUAUAGUUAUUUGUUCCAAGGAGGUUGUGUUUUAACCCUUCAGACAAAAACUACAGAACAGAUAUCCAGGGAAAUUUAGUCAAAGGACCAAUUCAAAUGUUGGAUGUGGAUCGGAUCAGGGAGCAGAUUUAGGAAGAAAUCUUUUGACACUUUUGUUGAUUUUUUUCGAGAAUCAUUUCUGGAUCUUGAGGGAAAUCGUUUGGAUGAGUGUGUUGCAAACUUGUGCCCAAUAAAAACACAGACCGAGUGAAUUUGACUGUGGAUUCAUUAGGGGACCGAUGAUCUCAUGUUAAUUCAAAUGUUCACUUAUUCUGUAAAAUCUGUGAUGACGUGAACCUGCCACGAGUUAGUGCCUUGUGCUGUGUGUAGGGUUUAUCCUGGUUUCAAACGCUGAGGUGUGUCUGCUGGUGAGCAGGAUGCAGCCAUCGUGCUUUUAUUUCAAUCUAUUUUCAUUUUCCUGUUGAGUUUUGAAUUUCCUGCGUCUGCUGCUCACCUGGAAGCAAAGAAUUACUGCGUCAUACAGCUACUGAAUAUUUUGCCUUGAACCCAUUAGACCCUCGUCUGGAAGCAGAGUGGCUGUAUCCAUGUGUCGGGUGUCAAAGGGUCUGGACUCACUGAAUCAAUGUAGAAAUAAAUUGACGGUUAAAAAUGUAAGUUGUUCUUUGCUGUUUAUGUUUGUAUUCCGGACAUUUUACUGGAACCAAUGGGAUCCAGUCUGAAGUAGGAAAAAAAACGAGAAUGCCUUGACUUUCUAUAUUUUUUAAUAAAUACUUUCUUGUGUAA